AUGAGAACGCAGGCAGUCAAGAUGGUGAGAGAGUAUAAAAAGAAAACCGAUAGGGAAUUCCCUGAAGGAGAUCUAAGAAGAGCUGUAGAGGAUGUCUUAAAUAAUAUUGGUAGCUUGCGAAAAGUUUCGGAGAGGUAUAAUGUUACUAAGUCUCGUUUAGCUAUUUAUGUGAAAAGGGCUAGAGAGCAGGGGAUAGAAAAUAUAUCUUUAAAACCAAAUUUUAAACAUCGUCAAAUUUUUUCUCCAGAAAUGGAACAAGCAUUAGCUGAAUAUUUACUCAAAUGUUCGUCUAUGUUCUAUGGAUUAACUCCAAAAAAAACUAGACAACUAGCAUUUCAGUUUGCGUCUCGAAAUAAGCUUUUAAUCCCGGAUUCUUGGGCAACACAAGCAAUGGCUGGCGAGGAGUGGUUUGCCGGUUUUUUGAGGAGAAAUCCAGAACUCUCAAUUCGAAAACCGGAAGCAACAUCUCUUGCUCGUAUGACGGCGUUUAACAAAACAGUUGUUGGGGAAUUCUUUGGCAAGCUCAAAACUGUUUACAGCCGGCAUAACUAUGAGGCAAGCCAAAUUUUUAAUUUAGACGAAACAGGGGUUACUACAGUACCGCCUGUUGAAAAAAUUGUAGGAAAAAAGAGAGAAAAGCAAAUAGGGCAAGUAACAUCUAGAGAACGCGGUGAGCCCAACCCAACCCAAGUUGGAAUAAUUUGUGCAAAUGAAAAUGCAUUACCACCAGUAUGGAUUUUUCCCAGAAUACGUUUUGACGAGCACCGCAUGAUGUCUGGAGCUAUGCAAGGAUCUACGGGUCUUGUGAAUAAAUCUGGCUGGAUGACAAGAGAUAAUUUUAUUAAAGUUCUUCAGUUUAUCCAACGAAAUAUGAGAUGUAGUAAAAAUAACCCCGUGUUACUGAUAUUGGAUAACCAUGAAUCCCAUUUAAGUGAUGAUGGCAUAACAUUUUGCAAAGAAAAUGGUAUUGAAGUUUUGACCUUACCUCCGCAUACAUCAAAUAAAUCACAACCUCUUGACCGAUCUGUUUUUGGACCUUUCAAGAGAUAUUUUUCCGAAGCUGCCAAUUCUUGGAUGAUGACUCCAAAUAAAACUCUUUCUAUUUACUCACUUGCGGAGCUAUGCUCAAAGGCCUGGGAUCGUGCUGCUACACCAGAAAAUAUAAAGUCUGGCUUUCGUAAAAGUGGAAUUUUUCCUUUUGAUCGGGACAUAUUUCAAGAACACGAGUUUUUGUGUUCGUCAGUUUCAGAUCGACCUGCUCCAGAUGUCAUUACCAAUCAAUCUGGUGGAAGCUGUAUUUUCGCCGAAACAGAAAACCUAGAUGAAAACCUAAUUCCAGCCACUGACGGAAAUCGCGCUGCCGAUGAAACCUCAAUUCCUAGCACUAGCGUUACUGGGACUGCUAAAAGUCCUUUAAAUAUAUCUAACUUUAUUACACCAGACAAAAUAAGUCCUUAUCCAAAGGCGGAACCCCGAAAACCUAUGAGAAAAGGAAGAAAACGAGGAAAAUGUAUGAUAGUUACUGACACUCCAGAAAAAGAAGAAUUAUUGGAAAGAAAGAAGCCUCCUCCAAAAAAGGUUAAGGAGAUUAAGAGAAAAGUUCUAGUAGAAAGUGACUCUAGUGAUGAAGAGAUAAAUGAAGAACUAACAAAAGAUUCCUCCUCAGAGUGGGAGGAAGAAGAAGAGACAGUUCAGGAUACCCACGAUGUAGAAAAAGGUGGUUUCAUUGUUGUCAAAGUUCCAGGAAAAACACCAUUUCCUGGAAGAAAUUAUGUUGCUCGGGUAGAACGAAAACUUUUCGACGGAUUUCAGGUUCGAUUUUUUAAAAGAAUGAUUCCAUCAAAUCGCUUCAAAAUUACAGAAGAAGAAUCUUCUUUUGUAACAUUCGGAGAAGUAAUAGCUGUGCUUCCAAAAGGUAUUGAAGACAGGCGUCCUCGUUUUAAAGAUUCGAUUUAUUUCAACGCAGAUUUGACAGAAUUUAGUUUAACUUAA